AUGGCCACAAUCUUACUUUCCUUUCUCCACAAUCUCCCUUUCAUAACUCCCCAGCAAGACUACAUCCGCAAUCGUCAGCUUGACUGCUUUUCUGAAGCACCUUCGAUAACCAAAGGCUACAGCUGCAAUGGAAUCAGAACCGGCCAAUGCCAGUAUUUCACAACUUUCCAAUCCUUCCCACCUGACUAUGAAACCCCGAUCUCGAUCGCCCUCCUCCUGGGCUCAGAACCUUCCACCAUAGCUUCCAUAAACAACAUCUCCUCCAUCUCGACGAAAAUCCCACCCGGGACAUGGAUCAUAGUACCCGUCUCUUGUUCUUGUUUCGGAAGCAUUUAUCAACACAACUCUCCUUACACUGUCAGGGCUCUGGAUGAGACUUACUUCACUAUUGCCAACAACACCUUCCAGGGCCUGACGACUUGUCAAGCCUUGGCAGGGCAGAACUACUACUACAGCAUCGAGCAGCUUCGCAUUGGUUUCGAGCUGAAUGUUCCAUUGAAGUGUGCCUGUCCAAGUGAGAAACAGGCUGCCACCGGUGUGGUGUCCUUGUUGGGGUACAUGGUGACGUGGGGAGAUACCAUUCCAUUGAUCGCUGACCAGUUUGGCGUUGAUAGUGCCAGGAUCAUGGAGGCUAAUAGAUUCGAGAAUGAUAGUGUUAUCUUCCCGUUUACUCAACUUUUGGUCCCUCUCGAUAGCCAGAGUUGUGAAGCAAAUCCUGACGGUUUCUUCUGCAGCUGUAGUGUAAAUCCUGGAAUCUGCAUUCCCGACAAGAAAAAGUUCCCUCUCAAGUUGGUUAUACUGCUAGGACCUGGGAUUGGAAUUGGACUAUUGGCCACAUUCCUGAUCUUCUACAAACUGAUUCAGUACCUCAAAAAGAAAAGAAACAGAAUCCACAAACAAAAACUGUUCAAGCAAAAUGGUGGCGUCUUGCUACAGCAGAAGCUCAAUUCAUACCCAGGAAGCCAUGAGAACUCAAAGCUAUUCACCGAAGAGGAGCUGAAAAGAGCUACUGACAACUACAACCAGAGCCGCUUCCUCGGCCAAGGAGGGUUCGGGACAGUCUACAAAGGAAUGCUUCCAGAUGGAACCAUAGUUGCUGUCAAGAAGUCUAGAACCAUUGACAAGACACAGAUUCAACAAUUCAUAAACGAGGUUGUCAUUCUGUCCCAGAUCAAUCACAGACAUAUUGUUAAGCUCUUAGGCUGUUGCCUUGAAACUCAGUUCCCAUUGCUUGUCUACGAGUUCAUCCCCAAUGGUAGUCUCUCAAGUUACAUCCAUAGCCAAAAUAUGGAUGGAGAAGAAGUUUCGGCGUCUUUUCCAUGGGAAGAUCGAUUCAGAAUCGCAGGGGAAGUUGCUGGAGCUGUGGCUUACAUGCACUCCGCAGCUUCAUUUCCCAUCUUCCAUCGUGACAUCAAGUCAUCGAACAUACUGUUGGAUGCCAAGUUGAGUGCCAAAGUAGCGGAUUUUGGUACUUCUAGAUCAGUUCCCGAAGACAAGACUCAUCUUACUACCGGGGUACAGGGCACGUUUGGGUACUUGGAUCCAGAGUACUUCCGCACGAGCCAGUUCACAGAGAAGAGCGAUGUGUACAGCUUUGCUGUCGUUCUUUUGGAGCUUAUGACUGGCCAAAAGCCCAUUUUAUUCACUACAGGUGAAGAAGAGAGGAGCCUUAUCGCACAUUUCAUUUCAUCAAUGAAGGAAAACCAGGAUGGCCUGGCGGAGAUAUUGGACCCUGUGGUCAGUACAGAAGCCAGGAAAGAGGAUGUGGAAGCCAUUGCAGAGCUAGCUGUGAGGUGUUUGAGAUUGAACGGGAAGAAAAGGCCUACAAUGAGAGAGGUGGCUAUGGAGCUUGAUGGGCUGAGGAACUCAAAAAGGAGAUCGCAACUUGAUCAAGAAGAUUCCUUUGUGGAUAGAACAUACAGUAAUCAGCUUGAUGCUGAAAGAGAAGAGUCCAUUGAGGACAGCUUUGCUAUCUCUGUAGAGCUUGAAUCCGUCUGA